CCAAUAAAUACGGGCUUGUGCCAUAUGUGCAGGGGGACCACUCACGAUCUACACCGCCAGUCCUGAAGUUUUCAAGGCACGAAAGGUAGUACACAGCUCGACUCACCGUCCAUAUGUGGCACCAGUUUAAGAUUAAUGUUUCAUGGGAAAAUCAAAACGAAACCGAUGGUCAAGAGUGGAGAAGCACCGCGCCAGCCUGGUAGUAGUCUGGUAGCAGGUGACAUCAUACAGCUAUUCCUCCGUACGUUUCAACAAUGCUGUUAAACUCUUACCCUAUGUGCGUUAGAUGGCUAGCAUUGUGUUUUGGUCCAGGAUGCCGAUCUAUAAGCUGUUUGCCUCAGGGAAGAAACACGCUCGAUGGCUUAAAUUGGCGGAACCUUGCUGCUCCUCGAACAAUGCCUCCAAUGGACCUUGUGGAAUGCCUGGAAUUCGUGGCUUCCCCUUUAAAAGCGAAGCACUUAUUCCACUGGAGGUGCAAAAAGAGCAUAUAUCAUCUAUUGCCCUCAUGGCCCGGAGACGCCGGUGCAUUACAUUGGUGUCACUGGUCACUCUUCUUUAUCCUACUUGUCGUUAGCUCAAGCAAUAAUGCGGGCGCUCUGGGACCCGACCUACUUGCAGGCGCAACCUGUACCAUCGCUGCGGGAGCCCCUGUGGAGACAGUCGUCGCAUGGAUGAGCCCCCAAAUGAGCUCGCGUUAUCCGUGUCAGUUGUUGCCACCAGUAUUGGCGAACUUAGGUAACGAUUGAGAAGCAACUGCGGGGGUGACGUGAUUUAAAGUUACCUGCUAAUCAUUUCUCUCUGCUCAUUAUAUCCCUCGCUGGUAUAUAAUGGUUUGAUGUUUGUAAUACUCAGUCAUUUGAUUACGAUCUGGUUUAUUUUUCCAGUCCUUGCC